AUGGAUGACCCCUAUCAGAACAACGUGAACCAGCAGGUGACAGAGGGUGGAGAGUACAUCUACACCCAGGAUGGAGGAGGUCAUGACGGCUACCCUUACCAGACGGACUAUCCUCCACAGGAAGAGGACGCUGCUAGUGACGCCACUGAAGGGGCAGAUGAUGAUGAGCAGAUGUAUGAGGGGGAGUACCAGGGCAUCCCCCACCCCGAUGAGAUCAAGGAGGCACGACGGGCAGCUCGGGUGGAGGCCAGGAGGAAAGCCCGUAUGGCUGCCCAGCAGGAAGAGGAGGAGGAAUCCCUGCCAGAGCAAUACGAGACCAUCAUGGAGGACUGCGGCCAUGGGCGCUUCCAGUGGAUGCUGUUCUUCGUGCUGGGCCUGGCGCUAAUGGCCGACGGAGUGGACGGCUUUGUGGUGGGCUUCGUCCUGCCCAGUGCUGAGAAGGACAUGUGCAUAUCCAACGCUGACAAAGGAUUGCUGGGUCUGCUGGUGUAUGUGGCCAUGAUGGUGGGGGCGCUGGUGUGGGGGGGUCUGUGUGAUAAGAUGGGGAGGAGGAAGUGUCUGAUCUACGUACUGACUAUCGACCUGGUCUUCUCCUUCCUGUCCUGCUUCGCUCAGGGCUACGGCUUCUUCCUGUUCUUCAGGUUCUGCUCAGGCUUCGGAAUUGGCGGCUCCAUCCCUAUAGUGUACACCUACUUCACCGAGUUCUUGCAAAUGGAUAAACGUGGAGAACAUCUGAGCUGGCUCUGUAUGUUCUGGAUGUUGGGAGGCCUGUACGCCUCCUUCACUGCCUGGGGAAUCAUCCCUCACUAUGGCUGGGGCUUUGCCAUCGGGACAGAGUUCCAGAUCCACAGUUGGAGACUGUUUAUUCUGGUGUGUCUCUUCCCUGCGCUGGCUGCACUCAUUGGAGUCAUCUUCAUGCCGGAGAGCCCACGUUUCCUCCUGGAGAAUGCUCGACAUGAUGAGGCCUGGAUGAUCCUACGACAAGUUCACGACACAAACUGGAAGGCCAAGGGGGAGCCAGAGAGAGUUUUCACUGUGACCAACAUUAAGACCCCACAGACUCAGGAGGACGAGUUCAUAGAGAUCCAGAGUGAAACUGGGACCGCCUUCCAGCGCUGGACCGUCCGACACAUGACCAUGCUGCAACAGGUGAUGGCUAACAUCAUGUCAUUAUCAGCUCCAGAGCUCAGACUGCAAGGCCUCUUCCUGGUUAUUGUCUGGUUCUGCUUGGCCUUCAGCUAUCACGGACUGGGAGUAUGGUUCCCUGAUAUGAUCAAGUACAUGCAGUAUGAGGAAUACGAGUCUAAGGUCCGAGUGUUCCACCGGGAACGGGUUGAACGGUUCCACUUCAACUUCUCUCUGGUCAACCAGAUCCACCGUGAGGGAGAGUACAUCCAUGACAAGUUUGCAAACAUUGAGAUCAAGUCUGUGAAGUUCGAGGAUUCUCUGUUUGAGAACUGCUACUUUGAGGAUAUCAAGUCAACCAACACCUUCUUUGAGAACUGCACCAUCAAAAACACUGUCUUCUACAACACAGACCUCUGGCAGGAAAAGUUCAAAGACUGUCGAAUGGAGAACACCACUUUCCUCCACCCAAAGAAAGGAUGCCAUCUGAACUUCCAGGAGGAGAACGACAUUGUCAUCUACAUGGUCAGCUUCUUGGGCAGUUUGGCUGUGUUGCCUGGCAACAUCAUCUCAGCAUUAUUCAUGGACAAGAUAGGACGGAUCAGAAUUAUAGGUGGAUCUAUGCUGGCAUCAUCUGCCUGUACUUUCCUCCUGCUGUUAAGCUUCAGUCAAGGAGCAGUAAUAUGUUGGCAGUGUCUCUUCUAUGCUGUCAGCGUGGCCGCCUGGAAUGGGCUAGAGGUCAUUUCUGUGGAACUCUAUCCAUCCUCUAAAAGAGGGACAGCAUUUGGUAUCCUGAACGGGAUCUGUAAGUUUGCAGCCAUCAUUGCCAGCUUCAUCUUUGCAGCCUUCAUUGGCAUCACUAAGAUCAUCCCCAUCUUCCUGGCCUUCGCCGCCCUCGUCUGUGGAGGUCUGGUGGCUCUCAAGCUGCCCGAAACCCGGGAGAAAAUCCUGUCUUGA